AGAAGUGUAAAAGAAAAGAGAUGUGGUCUUGCCAAGUUGUCAUCCCAAAACACACGGCGCCGUUUAACAACACUCUUGUUCCCUCCGUCUCAGCGAUCCACCUGCCACGGCGGCGCCGUCACGGCGUCUCCACCAUUGCCAAAGAACACAUCGGGGAAUUGGGUCACAGCCUUGUCGCCACUCUCCAAUCCGAUCCGAACCCGAUUCCAAAAGCGCGAGAACAAGGCGAGAUUAGGGGGUCAGAUGUACUUUGGGCACUGCAGAGAGCGAGUGUUCGUAAGAAGAAGAAUAAGAAUAAGAAGGAGUCAUCCUCUGUGGCCACUCCCAUGGAACAAACUGCUGUGGAUUACGCCAAUGUUCGCCCACUCUGCAUAAACGCCAACUGGGCCGAUAAAUUGGAUGAGUUCGAGAAACGUCUUCGUGAGCUUUCAGACACCGUUUGAUUUCAGUACACAUCCAUAUAUAUAUAUUUUUGUUA